UUGUUAGAUCUCUGGGACAUGACCUUGUGUCAGCUAGCAAAGGGGAAAAAAGAUUUGUUUGGAUUAUUCUAUAAACCCUUUUCACUGUGAGUACCUAUUGUUUCCUUAGCCAUCUGCAGAUUAGUUUUCUGGAUACCACAAACUGGAUACCACAGUCUUUGUUUAAGGAUCUGGAGGCCCUCCAGGCAUGGCCAGACACUCUGUCUUGUAUUUUAUCCUGCUGAGUGCUCUGAUUGACAAGAGCCAAGCCUGUUUCUGUGAUCAUUACCCAUGGACUCAGUGGUCCAGCUGCUCAAAAACCUGCAAUUCUGGAACCCAGACCAGAGAGAGACGGAUUGUUACAGAUAAGUACUAUUUUGAAAACUUUUGUGGCCAGCUUUGUACCAAGCAGGAGUCCAGAGAGUGUAACUGGCAAACUUGCCCUAUCAAUUGCCGCCUGGGAGAUUAUGGACCCUGGUCAGACUGCGACCCUUGUGUUCAAAAACGGUUCAAGGUUAGGUCCAUCUUGCGCCCCAGUCAGUUUGGAGGACAACCAUGUACGGAGCCUCUCAUGACCUUUCAGCCAUGCACUCCAUCCAAGCUCUGCAAAAUUGAGGAGAUUGACUGCAAGAAUAAAUUCCGCUGUGACAGUGGUCGCUGCAUUGCCAGCAAGUUGGAAUGCAAUGGAGAAAAUGAUUGUGGAGACAAUUCAGAUGAAAGGAAUUGUGGGAGAAAAAAAACAGUAUGUUCACGGAGCCAUGAUCCCAUUCCUAGUGUACAGUUGAUGGGCAUGGGGUUUCAUUUCCUGGCAGGAGAGCCCAGAGGAGAAGUCCUUGAUAACUCUUUCACCGGAGGAGUGUGUAGAACUGUCAAAAGCAGUAGAGCAAGUAAUCCAUACCGUGUUCCGGCCAAUCUAGAAAAUGUCAACUUCGAGGUGCAAACUAAAGAAGAUGAUUUGGAAACAGCUUUCUAUGACGAUUUAAUUUCUCUUGAAGAUAAUAAAGAUCAAGAAGUCUUAGGUUCUGGCCUAGCAACGAGCUCUUAUCAUGUACCAAUUUUCUAUUCCUCAAAGAGAAGUCAAAGCAGCUCCCAUUCUUCUGCCUUCAAACAAGCCAUUCAAGCCUCCCACAAAAAGGCUUCCAGUUUUAUUAGGAUCCAUAAAGUCAUAAAAGUCUUAAACUUCACAAUGAAAACUAAAGAUCUGCAGCUUUCUGAUGUCUUCUUGAAAGCACUUAACCAUCUGCCUCUAGAAUACAACUCUGCUCUAUACAGCCGGAUCUUUGAUGACUUCGGGACUCACUAUUUCACCUCUGGCUCCCUGGGAGGCGUGUACGACCUCCUCUAUCAGUUUAGCAAGGAGGAACUAAAGAACUCAGGUUUAACAAAGGAAGAAGCCAAAAACUGCAUCCGGAUUGAAACAAAGAAACGCUUCCUUUUUGUUAAAAAAACAAAAGUGGAACACCGGUGCACCACUAACAAACUGUCAGAGAAAUACGAAGGUUCCUUUAUGCAGGGAUCAGAGAAAUCCAUAUCGCUGGUUCAAGGUGGGAGGAGUGCGUAUGCGGCGGCUUUGGCUUGGGAGAAAGGGAGCUCGGUUCCGGAAGAGAGGGUAUUUUCUGACUGGUUAGAAUCAGUGAAGGAAAAUCCUUCUGUGAUCGACUUUGCGCUUGCUCCCAUCACGGACCUGGUCAGAAACAUCCCCUGUGCAGUGACAAGACGGAACAACCUCAGGAGAGCUUUUCAAGAGUAUGCAGCCAAGUUUGACCCUUGCCAGUGUGCUCGAUGCCCUAACAAUGGCCGCCCCGUGCUCUCAGGGACCGAAUGUCUGUGUGUUUGCCAGAGCGGCACCUAUGGCGAGAACUGUGAGAGACGGUCCCCGGAUUACAAAUCUAAUGCUGUGGACGGGAACUGGGGCUGCUGGUCCUCCUGGAGCUCGUGUGAUGCUACUUAUAGGAGAUCGAGAACUCGCGAAUGCAACAACCCUGCCCCUCAGCAAGGAGGAAAACGCUGUGAGGGGGAGAGGCGGCAAGAGGAGCACUGCACGUUCUCCAUAAUGCAGAACGAUGGACAACCAUGCAUCAGUGAUGAUGAGGACAUGAAAGAAACUGAUCUCCCUGAAUUAGAAUCAGAUUCAGGGUGUCCUCAACCAGCCCCUCCAGAAAAUGGAUUUAUUCGGAAUGAAAAGAAACAGUACUCAGUUGGAGAAGAAGUUGAAAUUUUAUGCUUUACUGGAUUCAAAGCUGUUGGAUACCAGUACUUCAGAUGCUUACCAGACAGGAGCUGGAGGCAAGGAGACGUGGAAUGCCAACGGACAGAGUGCCUCAAGCCAAUAGUGCCAGAAGGACUGACGCUGUCACCAUUUCAGACAUUAUAUAAAAUUGGUGACUCCAUUAAGCUAACCUGUCCCAGAGGUUUGGUUGUCAAUGGGCCAUCGAGGUACACAUGCAGUGGGGAUUCCUGGACACCACCCAUUUCGGACUCACUCAGCUGUGAAAAAGAUGUCCUGACAGGCUUAAGGGGUCACUGUCAACCAGGACAAAAACAGUUGGGAUCUGAAUGCAUUUGCAUGUCUCCAGAAGAAGACUGUGGCCAUUAUUCAGAAGAAAUCUGUGUGCUUGAUACAACAUCCAGCCAUCACUUUACUUCCUCUGCUUGUACGCUUUUGGCUGAGAAAUGUUUAAAUAAUCAGCAACUCCAUUUUCUACAUACUGGUUCAUGCGAAGAGGGUCCACAGUUAAAAUGGGGCCUGGAAAGGAUAAAACUUUCAUCCAGUAGCACAAAGAAUGAAUCCUGUGACUAUGACACCUGCUAUGACUGGGAAAAAUGUUCAGCCACCACCUCCAAGUGUGUCUGCCUGUUACCCUCCCAGUGCACCAAGGGCAGAGACCAACUCUUCUGCGUCCGAAUAGGAUCAUCAGUGAGCGGGAAAACAAUGAACAUAUGUGAAGUGGGAGCUGUAAAAUGUGCCAAAAGGGAAAUGGAAAUACUGCAUUCUGGGAGGUGUUAGCCCUAACACAAUUACCCAUAAAACAGAGUUACUGCCCCCCACCCAAUAACCCCUACAAAAGGACACUGUUGAAUAAACAGCAGACUGGCACAUUCAGGAGUUACUGACAAAAAUCCUUAGGUGUUAGUUUCACACAAUAAUUCUCCCUGCCUCUCUCGUGUCUUUUCCCUGGACCAGUUCCCAUCCAUGCAGCUCUGUAGCAUAUCUCUAGGUAAUAACUUCCACAUCAAUCUAGUAAAUUCUUCAGUUCAUGUCACACUGAAAUGAUUGGACUUCUGACGACCUUAUGAUGCCUGCGGUAUUAAGCAUACUGACAAGUAGAAAUCAGAAUAAGAACCAUAAUUUUCUUCAAUGAAUCAAUAAACAUAGAAAUCUAAA